CACCUCUUGUCAUUAUUGUUUUCAUUUUGGAUCAUUUAUUUUUGCUUGAUAGUCAAAGCAGAUCAAUGGGAACACAAUGCCUGAACAGCCGCAACAAACCGAUCCUGUCAAUAACGAGCAGCAGCAGUUACAGCAGUCUGUGAAACGAAGAAGAAAGAAAGCUUCUAGAGCCUGUUCGCACUGUCAGAAAGCUCAUUUAACAUGCGAUGACUCCCGUCCCUGUCAAAGAUGCAUUAAACGUGGACUAGAGGAUACUUGUACAGAUGGAGUCAGGAAGAAAGCAAAAUAUUUACAGGAAGAUGAAAACGUUGAUCAGCGUUUCCAAACAGCAACAAAUAGUGUAACAUCCGUAGGGUCAACACCCAUAGUGAUGAAUUACAGUGAGAAUGAUGGUUUUCGAUCUGAUACAGUUAGACAGCAAUACAAUACAAUAUCCAAUUUGAUACCCUUCUUAGACAGCAAUCGCAAUACUACUACUACCACUAAUAAUACUAAUACUGGCAAUGACGCCAAUAAUAUAUAUGAACCACCCACUAUGAUGGAUACUUUUUCUCAGCAAUCACAGCCAUUAGCCCUGAACUGGGCUUCUCUUAUAGAUCCCAAUGCGUUGAUUAUGAACAAUAUACAAUCAGCGACUAACUCGCCUAUAUCAACACCUCCUUUACAGCCUCGUACAAUUGUCACAUCCGGAGCAAGCACUCCUUCGCAAUUAUCACAAUCAUGGCAACCACCACAAUCUGCAGCAUCGGAAACUGUCAAUGAUCAGCAACAGCAACAAGUGUUAUUGAAACGGAGAAAAGGCGUCGGAAACACACCUCAUGAAGUCUAUGCCCGUGUUAAUAAACCCUAUAAUUACGCAGAAAGUUAUCAUCAUUUGAUCGAGUAUGUUCGUCAAAAAAUGGGUCGUGACGAACUGAUACGCAUUAGUCGAGCUUUAGUUCAAUUUCGACCUUCUUAUAUGUCGAUUGUUGCCUCGUUGACGGAAGAAGAUUUAGUCUAUAUGGAAAAGUGCGUGCAAAGAACUCUUCUUGAGUUUGAAAAAAUGAUAAGUUUCUCAGGUACACCUACUGUUGUUUGGCGAAGAACAGGUGAGAUUGUGCUUGUUGGCAAAGAGUUUUUACUAUUAACGCAAUGGAGUAAGGAAAUCCUUUUGGGAAAGAAGACAUACAUCUACGAGUUGAUGGAUAAUGGAUCAGCCAUUGAGUAUUGGGAAAAAUUCUCUCAACAUGCUUUUGACAGCUUAGAAUCUGGAGUUUAUAUGUCUGUCAUUUUGAUGAGCCCAACAUACCGCCCUGUGCCUUGUACAUUUUGCUUUACCUUAAAGCGUGAUAUUUUUGACCUUCCUUGCGUAGUUGUAGGCAAUUUUUUACCGAUCCUUGGGGCGAAUCGAUAAGGAUACUUCAUCAUAAUAUAAUGUUCUCAUCAGUGUUGAUGAAAACCUUAAUAAAGGGCCCAUUAUCUUUAUUCAAAUCGAUACACUUAAAAUUCGAUAAUUCUCAAUUACGUGCAAAGAAGGACUGCUCUGUUUAUAACACCCAAAUUAUUAAGUUCACUUUCAAUAUAGACCAACACACUCCAGCUGUUAUUCUACUCGAAAAGACUCACAGUAUUACUGAUAUUGUAUGCGCUCCGCUAGACACUGAAAAUAGUGAAUAACAGUGCAAAAUCAUUUGGGUAGCUUUUUUAAGGGGAGUGAGUAGAAUUGAUUGG